AUGAAGACCUUUCAUUUCUUGCUGGGCGUGCUUCUUGUGGUCAGUCCAAUUGUACUUGCCAGUGCAAUUGAGGAGGCAGUGGCUUUAUAUCCCUCUUGUGCGAUCGAGUGCUUGACUGAGCUCAUUCCAACAUCUGGAUGUGGACUUACCAACACCACUUGCUUGUGCACGAACGUACCGCUGAACACGAAAUUGGAAGAAUGUAUCGUCACUGGCUGCAAGGUUCCAGAUCAACUGCGCUCAAAGAAUGCGUCGAUAACACUCUGUGAUCCAACCGCCAAGCCUCGAGACAAGACGGCAUCUGUCAUUGUCGGCGGACUUGUACCCGGAAUUUUGGCUUUCAUUGUCUUUCUGGCCCGUUUGGCCUCUCUUCUCCCGUCGAAUGCUAGAAUAGCCUCGUGGGACGAUUGGACGAUAUGCGUGAUGGUCUUGUUCACCAUCCCACCGACAGUGUUUGCAGUAACAUUGGCCAAACAUGGUCUGGGAAGGGAUAUAUGGACGCUUCAGCCUAUUGAUAUCACAGCUGUCCUUCGUUACUACUAUCUCGGCGAGAUAUUCUACAUAUGCGCGCUUACUAUGUUUAAGGUGUCUAUGCUGUGCUUCAUUCUACGAAUCUUUCCAACCAGACCUUUGAGAAUCGGGACUUUCAUUGGACUUGGAUUAACCACCGCUUACGGUAUAAGUUUCCUCUUUGCCACAAUUUUCCAAUGCACCCCCGUUAGCUUGGCCUGGUAUCAAUGGGACGGCGAGCAUGAAGGUUUCUGUGAAAACAUCAAACUCCAAGGUUGGAUGUGUGCAGUGUUGAACAUCAUCAUCGACGUCUACAUCCUUAUCCUGCCUCUUCCGGAGGUGGCGAAGUUGAAGAUGAAUCUGGCAAAAAAGCUCAUGCUCCUCUUCAUGUUUUCUCUCGGUAUCUUUGUCACGUUGACUAGCGUACUUCGAUUGCGAACACUGGUUCUCUUCGCUAAUACCCAGAAUCCGACUUGGGAUUACGUCGAGGCUGCUACUUGGAGCACGGUUGAACUUCACGUUGGCAUCAUUUGCGCGUGCCUGCCGUCCUUACGCAGCUUGUUCGUAUCCUUGGGGGCUAAAAUCCUUGCGUCAAGCAAAGGCACGUCUGGUGGAAGUACAGGCUUUGGCUCGAACGCGUGGCGUACUCCUAGCAGAUUGCAAAAGAUCUCACUCACUCCCAAUCUUCGCAGCGAAAACGGUGACUUCAUCAAUCUUGUCGAUGUCGAAGCCAAGCAUGAAAAAGGUUAUGAUUCUCAUACGAGCAGUGAUGCGGGCAUUACUGACGAGUACGAAUAUAUUGUCGUCGGCUCAGGACCUGGUGGUGCACCGCUUGCCGCACGUCUCGCUCUCGCUGGGCACAGCGUCUUGCUUAUUGAUGCAGGAGCCGAUCAUGCAAACGAUCCUGUUCUACGAGUCCCAGCACUACAUCCUUACGCUUCCCAGUAUGAGCCCAUCUCAUGGCAAUUCUUCGUCGAUCACUACGCGGACGAGGCGCAGGCUGUCCGAGAUUCCAAGAUGACAUAUCUUCUGCCAAAUGGCAGCUACUAUGUCGGCUUAUCUCCACCUGCUGGUGCAGAGCGUCUUGGUAUCUGGUAUCCCCGAACUGCAGCGCUUGGUGGCUGCGCAGAGCACAACGCCUUGAUCACGAUCCUGCCAGACACCGCGGACUGGGAUUACAUGGAAUCUCUAACUGGUGAUUCUUCGUGGAGCUCAGACAACAUGCGCAAGUACUUCGAAAGGAUGGAGAAGUGUGAAUAUCUUCCCAACUCCGUGGUUGGCCAUGGGUACGAUGGAUGGCUUGAGACGCAGACCACACCAGUGAUUCUCAUUGCGGAAGAUCUGAAGGUCCUCUCACUCGUUAUUGCUGCAGCAACAACCAUGGGCAAGAAUCUAAUUGGCAAGAUUGUGAACACGGUUACAGGUCUGGCUGAAGUCCUCCUGCAAGACAUCAACUCUCCACUGAGAUCGCAGUCCGCGGACGAGCUGUACCAAGUGCCACUGGCCAUGAAGACAUCAGAUUUCUCCAGAGGUGGACCACGUGAUUGGGUCUAUAAUAUCUCUCAGUCAUCCCAAUACAAGCUCGACAUCCAGCUCAACACUUUGGUUACAAAGGUGCUUUUCGACGGUAACUCUUCUGACGGCAAUGUACGUGCGACUGGCGUUGAGUAUCUUAUUGGUGAAAGCCUUUAUGCUGCGGAUCCUCGCUACGACCCAUCACAAGAAGGAACACCAGGUACUGUCAAGGCUACUCGAGAGGUUAUCGUGUCUGGUGGUGCAUUUAACACCCCUCAAAUUCUUAAGCUGUCUGGUAUCGGUCCUAAGGAUGAGCUUGAGAACUUCGACAUCCCCGUUGUAGUCGACUUGCCUGGCGUUGGAACAAACAUGCAGGAUCGUUACGAGGUCGGCAUUGUUGGCAAGGCACCAUCCCCUUUCGCUUUGCUGGAGAAAUGCACAUUCUUGAAGGGAGAUGAUCCAUGCUACGACCAGUGGUUGAAUGCGCCACCAUUCCUCAAGGGCGGCUACCAGACAAACGGUAUUGCCCUUGCUUACAUGAAGCACAGUUCCGUCGCAGCCAAUCCAGCUCACGAUCUUUAUCUUGGAGGUGUUCCAGCUUACUUCAAGGGUUACUUCCCCGACUACGCCGACUUUGCCACCGCAGACCUUAGCAUUUGGACUUGGCUUACUUUGAAGGCCCAGUCCCGUAACAACGCUGGAACGGUUACACUGAAGUCAGCUAAUCCUCGCGACACCCCCAACAUUUUAUUCAACUCCUUCUCCGUUGGUGGUGAUGAGGACCUUCAAGCCGUAUACGAGGGCAUGGAAUUCGGUAUCCAAGCAUUUGAAAAUUUGGUUCCUCUUGACGGUUCAUUUGAGCGCAUCUGGCCACCACAAAACAUCUCUUCGGAGGACGACCUGAAGCAAUUUGCUCGAGAUGAAGCGUGGGGCCACCACGCCUCUUGCACGUGCCCAAUUGGAGCAGACAACGAUCCAAUGGCCGUCCUGGACAAGGACUUCAAGGUUCGAGGAACGCAGAAUCUACGUGUUGUGGACGCCAGCGUGUUCCCCAAGAUUCCCGGCACCUAUCUGGUUACGCCUGUCUACAUGAUUAGUGAAAAGGCUGCAGACGUGAUUCUAGCAGCAGCAGCGUCGAAUUCUACAGCGUAG